AUUCUCUGUCACUCUUUUAUCUCAUACCACCAUCACCUCUCUAGACUCUCUCAAACUCUCAGUUUCAGCCGUAAUACCUAAUUUUCAUUUCGUCAGCCCAUAUCUCGAACUGAAACCCUAACCCAAACUGUGAUCUCUUAUCUCUCAUCUCUCACACUCUGUUUCUCUCUCAAACUCCCAGACGUCGCCGGUCAACCAGGGUCAUCAACUGCUGUCUGCAAAGGGUAAUCAAAUUUUAUUAGGACUCUCAGGGUUGCUCAAAUGGAGGAUGCCCAAGAAGUAUCUGAAACAAUGUCAGACAAAUCAUCUGAAAAUACACGGGAAACUCGCGAUGAAAUGCUUUCAAGGCACAGGAAAGAGAUAUCAAAACUUCAGGACAAGGAAACUGAAAUGAAGAAGGCAGCUGCCAAAGGGAGCAAGGCUGAACAAAAAGCUAAGAAAAAGCAGGUGGAGGAAGAGAUUUCUCGGCUUUCUGCUAAGCUUAAAGAAAAACAUACUGAAGAACUUGCUUCAUUAGGCUAUAGCACUAGUAAUGGAACUGAGAAAGCCAAACUUGACAAUUUAGUGAAAGCUAUAGCUGGUGUUUCUGUCACCAGUCAACCUGACCAAGCAAAGCCCAGCAAGAGUUCAAAGAGGCGGGACAAAAGGGCUCAGCAAGAUGCAGCUAGGGAGCAAAGAAUUCAAGAAGAGCAGAGCAACCUAGUAAGUGAUCGAUUGAUUGAGAAUGAGAAACUAGCGAAAAAGCUUGAACCGCUUGGUUUGACCAUUAAUGAAAUAAAGCCCGAUGGUCAUUGCCUCUACCGAGCUAUCCAGGAUCAGCUGGCCCAUCUUUCUGGAGGUUCAUCACCGUACACGUACCAAGAGCUUCGGGAAAUGGUGGCUGCUUAUAUGAGGAAGCAUGCGUCUGAUUUUCUCCCAUUUUUCUUGUCAGAGAAUCCAGUAGAUGGAGAUUCUGGGGAUUCACUUGCAGAGAGGUUUGAGAACUUCUGUAAAGAAGUGGAGUCAACAGCGGCAUGGGGAGGACAGCUAGAGCUUGGUGCUUUAACUCACUGCCUCAAAAAGUGUAUCAUGAUAUACUCAGGAUCCUUCCCUGAUGUGGAGAUGGGCAAGGAGUACAAAUCUGAUAGAAGCAGUACUGGUUCUUCUGAUUCGAGUAUUAUGUUGUCGUACCAUAAGCAUGCAUUUGGGCUUGGUGAGCACUAUAAUUCUGUGGUCCGAAUAUGAUCAUUGAAUAGGUGCCGCAAUCCACGACAAAAACACACUUGGUUUGCUCAUCACUUGGUUUGUAAUUUGUGGUGUGAACAGGCACGUUUUGAGCUCUACAUUAAUUAUUGAUACUACAGUAGACUGGUUAUAUUCAGAUUGGUUCUCCCUUUAAGUUUUCUAAAUUUUCUGGACUAAGUUUUGUAGCCAAAAGUUUAGUAAUCCAGAUGCUUUAGAAGCAAUGUUCAAUGCUGUCAAAUCUGUAAUUGGCGGUUUGUUCCUGAUUAUUGUAUUAUUCUGGGAGUUUUGAAAGGAAUGGAAUGUCAUGGAAAGUUGUAAUGAAAAGGGAAUGAAAUAAGGAAGGGAACAAAGUCUUGUUUUUGUAAUUUUAUCAUUGUAUCUC